ACGCUGAGGAUCUCGAUGCUAAUCUGAACAUCUGAGCGUAUAAAUAUCCUCUGAUGUUCCUCCUCUUAUGGCUGACGGUAACUCGGUGGCAUCAGCUGUCUUCGUCCUCCUCAACGUCUCCGGAAACUCAAACUCCACCGGCUCUUUCCAGGCGUCUCAGGUGAUCCGCUGGCUGACGUUAAGCAUCGGGCUGCCGGCCAUCGGGCUCGCUCUGUACACCCUGAAGAACCUGUCCAAAGGUGAGAACAAAAUCCCGAUGCACGUCGUGUUCCUGCUCGUCUCUGAUAUCGUGAGUUUCUUCGGGCGUCCCAGCGUUGACGAGGACUCGGAGUCCAACACCGUUUUCUCCUCUAACCCCACCGACUUCAUCUUCUACUUCGGCAUUGUCACGAACGUCACCCUUAUGCUGUUCAUCGCUCAGGAGCGCCAUCUCCUGGUGGCCUACCCUCAGUGUCUGCUUUUCUGCGGUAACGUUCGGCGAUCUCCUGUUGUCACGUUGUUAAUGUGGGCGUCUCCGUUCGGUAUUUUGGCCCUCGCCGUGUUGAAAUACAGCUUCUGGUUCGCUGUGUCUCUACUCGCUCCGUUCCCUUUCCUCCUUUUCUUCGCCGUGGACUCCUUCAGAGCCGUGAUGUGCUCCCGAUCCAACCCUAAAACCCCCGAGAGGAGGAGGGCGGUGUGGGGGAUCGGAGCCAUUUUGGCUAACUACACCUUUCUGUACGUGCCGUUUAUCCUCAGCGUCCUCCUGGAGGCUCUGAACUUCGGGGAGACGGUGAAAUAUCUGGGUCUGGUCUCCCACAUGCUGCUGUACCUCAGCCCCCUGGUGGACCCUUUUAUUUACAUAUUCAUGACCAAAGGGUUCAAAGAGGUGAUGCUGGCGCUGCCCUGCUGUCACAACAGAAGAGAAAACACGAGUCCAACUGUGGAGACUGUGGCCGAGAGCGUGGAGACCAGGCUUUAAUUCAGUUUGGGAACAAUUGUGUUUGGAUUAAACCAAUGAUAGAGACACUUAACGUCCAAGAAUAGACCACAAAGUUAGCAAGUCAGGACGGACCCUGCUCAUCAAGGACUCGAUUAACUAAUCAAAAAGGACAAAGUGCAGUGAUGGUAAAAUAACUCAGGUCUUUUACUCGAGUAUAAUGGCCAAUACCACAUUUUAAAAUACUCUGUUACAAGCAAAGGUCCUGCAAACUAAAUCUUAAGCA